AACCCUGAAGACUGCUUAAGAGAUGCCCUUCUCCGACUUGAUGAGGAUCUUUGCUCCAUGGAGAUUUUGUCUUCAACGUCUAUCUCUUCCACUUCUGCCGGGACUCCGCUCACGUUUCCAAGACCUGGUUCUAGAAAUGCACUUGGAAUUGAAGAGGCACCCUUGUCUCGUGAUCUUCUUCAUGUUGUAUUAAGCGGUGCGGUGGCCACCGUUGGCCGGGUAUUCUGGCGCUCUGCAAUCGAAGGCUCUGGUCAGCCGGAGCUUCAUCUAGCUAAUGUGGGUGACUCUGGUGCCGUGCUUCUUCGCGAGACGCAGCCAGCUUACUUGAGCCACUCUCCUGAGCCGUAG